ACGAAGGGAGGACCCUGGUAAAAAAAAAAAAAAAUUUGCAUUGCGGUGGGUGGGUCGUUAAAGCAGCUGGUAGUUAUAAGGCUUAGCUUCCUGGUACGCGCUGCGCCAUCCUGUCACCGGGCUUCAAGCAGAGUAAAUUGUCUUCAGGACAGCUUUCUUUUGUUCCAGUUUGGAAAUCCGCACUCUUCCUACAAUGGCAGCGAUUGGAAACCGUGGCACGGUGACUGAGGCGGCUGGGUUUGAUCCGGAGGCAGAUGUCAAGAAGCUUAGAGAAGCCAUGAAAGGAGCUGGCACCAAUGAGGCAACUAUAAUCGAUAUUAUAGCGCACCGCACUAUUGCCCAGAGACAGCGCGUCAAAGAGGCCUUCAAACAAGCUGUGGGAAAGGACCUGGCCGAUGAUCUGUCGUCAGAGCUGAGUGGGAACUUCAGGAGUGUCGUGUUAGGCUUGCUGAUGCUGCCACCUGUGUAUGAUGCCUACGAGCUGAGGAAUGCAAUGAAGGGGGCUGGAACAGAGGAGGCUUGCCUCAUCGAUAUUCUCGCUUCAAGGUCAAAUGCUGAAAUAACAGCCAUCACUGCUUUCUACAAGAAAGAAUAUGAAAAAUCCUUGGAAGAUGCUGUGUGUGGGGACACAUCUGGAAUGUUUCAGAGGGUCUUGGUCUCUUUACUCACGGCUGGUCGGGAUGAAAGUGACAAAGUGGAUGAGGCCCAGGCUGCUCAAGAUGCCAAGGAAAUCUAUGAGGCUGGGGAGGCUCGAUGGGGCACAGACGAGGUUAAAUUCCUCACAGUGCUUUGUGUGAGGAACCGAAACCAUCUGCUGCGAGUGUUCGAAGAGUAUCAGAAGAUCUCUGGAAGAGACAUCGAGGAGAGCAUUAAGAGGGAGAUGUCUGGCUCUCUGGAGGACGUCUUUCUGGCCAUAGUGAAAUGCAUGCGGAACAAGCCAGCGUUCUUUGCAGAGCGAUUAUACAAAUCAAUGAAGGGGCUCGGUACCACGGAUAGUGUCCUCAUCAGAAUAAUGGUUGCCAGGGCGGAGAUUGACAUGUUGGACAUUAAAGCUCAGUUCCAGAAGAUGUAUGGCAAGACUCUCUACUCCUUCAUAAAGGGAGACACGUCUGGUGACUACCGCAAAAUCCUGCUGGAGCUGUGUGGAGGCGAGUAAAGCAAAAGCCAGGACGACAUCUAGCUCCGACUUUAUUCUGAAAAACAUGUUAUAAGUUUUUUUUUUUUUGUUUUUCUUCUGUUGUCGACUUAUCGUAUCUUACCUUAUACUUACAAUGCCUUCACAUUUCACUGAUUGACCAGAGUGCCUUGUUUUACUGUUUGUACUGUAAUACCAAUUAAACCAAAGACCAAUGACCUUUUA